AUGAAGCUUCUACCACUUGGCGUUCUGGUUCUUGCCAGUCUCUUCACCUCGUCGGCUGCAGCGUUGGACGAAUUCGGACAACCAAAUCUUUCUGCUCAACUUGGGCGGACGUGGAACGAACAUUCGGCGGCGGGCCCUUCAUAUUCCAGCCAACAGCGGGAGUCGAGGCCAAGGUUGAGCUUCGUAGCCGAUCGACCGGCUGCUGCUUUUUCCUCGUCCACAUCUUCAGGACGACUUUCGAUUCAGCGCCGCUCACUAUGGCAGAUGCUGUUCGACAAUGACAACGGAGCAAGUAAGCAGAAGCGGAGGGCAGUCCCUUCUGCACGCUAUCUCUCGCGUCAAAAAAGUCGAGUCGGCUCUUCCUCAAGAAACUCGAAGCGCGCCAAAGGCUCGUGCAAAGCGCCCGCAACCGCCUCAGCUUCUGCGUCCGCCUCAUCAGCAUCAGCGUCAGCGUCAGCUUCAAACUCCGCUGCAACCUCGACAUCUUCAUCCAGCGCAGCACCCGCCUCCCCCACCAACGACGCGUCCGAAUCGCGCACAUCGACCAACAUGACCAUGGCUGGAUACUGGCCGGACUGGGUCGCUUCCGCGCUUCCUGCCAGCUCGAUCGACUUUACCAAGUUUGACAUCCUCAACUAUGCGUUUGCGCUGCCCACUGCCGACUUUUCGCUCUCGAUCCCCACCGACCCCUCAGGCAACACGCUGAGAGGCUUUGUCAAGGCGUGCAAGGCGGGCAAUACUAAGGCAAUGCUGUCGCUGGGCGGUUGGGGUGGGUCGACGUACUUCUCACCUGCAGUACGCACCGCUUCAUCACGCGCGACAUUUAUCGGCAACAUCGUGCAGACAUACUACAAGUACAGUCUGGACGGCAUCGACAUCGAUUGGGAGUAUCCCGGUCAGACGGGCGCUGGUAAUCAGCUGGAUCCCUCGGAUACGGCGAACUUCCAGACGUUCCUGCAGGAGCUGCGCGCCGCGCUGCCGCAGGGCGCGCUGAUCACGGCCGCGGUUGGGUUCACGCCGUGGGUCGCGAGCAACGGUCAGCCCGUCAGCAGCGUCGCCCGAGCCGCAAGUGUGCUGGACUACAUCAUGGUCAUGAACUACGAUGUGUGGGGGUCCUCGUCCAAUCCGGGUCCGAAUGCGCCGCUGGCAAACCUGUGCGGCAACUCGACGCAGCCAGACGCGAAUGCGGCCAGCGGUGUCAAGGCGUGGUCCUCUGCUGGCAUGCCGCGUGACAAGAUCCUCCUCGGCAUCCCUGCGUACGGAUACAUCAACCCCUCCACCAAGCAAUCCCUGCGCACCCGCGACGAAAAGAGAGCUGUCAAACUCACCAGCUCCGACGGUAGCUCCUCCUCCGGCCAAAUCAACUUCUCGUCGCUCAUCUCCCAGGGCGCCCUCAAACUCGGCGCCGACGGCCUCUACGACGGCACCAACGGCUUCACCAAGUAUUGGGACGACUGCUCGGAUACGCCCUACUUGAGCGAUGGCCAGCGCGUGAUCACGUACGACGAUACCAGCUCCAUCUUUGACAAGGGCGCUUUUGCUAGCGCCUCGGGCAUCGGAGGUAUCAGCAUGUGGAGCCUGGACGGCGAUACCAAGAGCUGGGCCCUGACUAACAGCGCGAUUGCCGGGAUGAGCUCGACUGGUGUCGUAUCAUCGUGA